AUGAACCUCAGUGAGGAAGAGCUGGUGGCCAUGGCCAUCGCAGAGAGCAAGCACGGGGCCAAGCAGCUGGCCCUGGAAUGGAAGGACAGGGACUUAACCUUUCUUGACUCUAUGGGUGGUGGAGCAUGCGACUUCGACGCCCUUCUGAACGAAAAUGGACUGGUGCGGGCCAAGGUCGCAGGCGACGGCUCGUGCCAGUACCACGCCUUCAGGGUUGCCGGCAUGGCCGCUGGCCUGCCGGUCCCUGGUGAGAGCAUGGAGCUCAGGGUCCUGGUCUGGCAGCACCUCCAGGACAAUUGGGAGGAGUACGAGGGCUUCAUGGAGGGUGAUUGGGACUCGUACAUGUGGGAGCUCCUGCAAAAGGAAAUGCAUUACGAUGCCAUCCUCUAUCUGGAAGAGGAUGAUGCGUGCCCAGUGCGAGAAGUGGAGCCGGAAGCCUCAGAGGAGGAAAGACCCAUGAAGAAGCCAGCCGGGAACAAGCGGAACCAGGGAUACGACAUGUCCAACCGGCGCCCCCCUCCCAACCAUAUGGAGAAGACCCGGUUCGCCCUGCGGGAGGACGAAAUGCCCGAGGGCUUGAGGGAGAACUUCUUCAAGACAAUCACCUCCAGCCUUGCCAGCGGAGGCAAACGCAAGCGCGUUUGCGGAGAGGCAACGGCUGAGAUGCACUGGUACGGGUUCCGGGCGUGGCUUGACUUGUGGAUAAGGUACAUUGGUUGGCUGAAGAAGCAUGACUUGCUCACGGACGCUUUGAAGGUUGACGCGGCCCUGGCGUUGAAGGAAAAGAAGUGCUUGAAGGCCUACUUUCUUCACUUGGAAGAAGAUGACACGGUCCGGAAGAAGCCCUACACCCCAGGGGCCAUCCGCUUGGUCACACGGAACCUGGUGGCGUGCCAGCAGGUUUUGCUUGUGGGCAAGCUGGGCCGCAAGAAGGAUGAAGCGGCGAAGAUGCAGAAAUGGAAUGACAUUGUGCGGGCCUUUGGCAAGACUUCUGAGGAAGCCCGUGCCAUUGCAGGACCUGGCCUGCCAGCCCCGCGCAAGGACGGCCAAGACACCGAGGAUGAGGAAGAUCCGCUCACUGCCCCGCAGAUUAUGGGCAUGGCGGAAGCCUUCUUAGACAAGAUCCGGAAGCUCAAGAAGCGCAUAGCCAACCUGCCGGACGACACCGAUGAGGCUGCCAAAAACUACAUGAAGUACAGGCUUGCCACCUACAAGGCUGCGUACCUUGCGGCAGUCGCAAUCAUGGAGACUUGUGAGAGGAUCGGCACGGUGCUACACCGCACCCUCCGGUGGAGCCGGAAGAACGACACUUUCGAGUUCGUACCGGCUGGCGUUGCACCCACAAAGACAGAGAAGGCAAAGCGUAUGAGCAAGGGCUACUUUGUGGCCAAGAAGCUGCUCUCGAAGGAGUGGACACGGAUGUUCCUCCAGUUCAUGGAAACGGACCAGCCCCACCUUGUCCGGGUCCACGGCCAAGGCAGCAUCAAGCCAGAGGUGAGAAAGGGCUCUGGGGAGAAAGUGAUCUGGAGGAUGUUGCCCUACGACAAAUUCCGGAAGCUUGUGAAAAUGGUGGGUAAGGCGCCCUCGACUGACAUCAGGACAGCUGCGGAGGCCAUGCUCACAUCGAAUCCUGCGCUACUCUCCACUCUGCAAAACCAAAGAACCCUGCAGAAAUUCCUGGGCCACGACGCUGGCACCUCCUUGAAGCACUACCACCUUGCGGACUCACGGCUCAUCUCCCAGCAGCUUCAUGCGGUCACUCGCCGCGGCAAGGACGAAGAGGAAGAAGAAGAUGAGAAGGACAAAGGUGCCAAGAAAGCGAGGAAGGGCAAGAAGUGA